AUGCCCGAAGGGAACGAACGAUCUUCCACUCUUUCUGCUGGAGGUGUCACUUCCUUGAGAGGACAGAACCUCAAUGCAGUGAUCAAGAAUGUCGAUAUGUCAGAGGACAUGCAACAAAAAGCAGUAGACACAGUCGUACUUUCAUUAGAGAAAUACGAUUUGGAGAAAGAUAUGGCGAUGUUCAUCAAAAAAGAAUUUGAUAGAUUAUAUGGCGUUACUUGGCAUUGUGUCGUAGGUAAAAAUUUUGGGAGUUUCGUAACUCAUGAAACCAAAAACUUCAUUUAUUUCUACCUCGGUCCAAUCGCAAUCCUCCUCUGGAAAACCUCAUAG